AAAGUACUUUUGAUUAAGAGUAAUAUUGAUGAAUUUCCCUCCCCUCUCGAUCCUUUCAAACCAUUGUCUUCUUCUUCUUUCUGCUGCUGAGUUGAAGCCCACCAUUUCAGACCUCUCCACAAAAAAACCAACCUUACCCUUCUCCAAAGUGCAGAUCUUUCACUUUCAAUACAAACCCAUUUUCCCUUUCUCCUCCAUUAACCUUUCUCCACCUUCAAACCAUGAGCAGAUUCAGCAGAUUCAGUAGAUUUCAGUCCAUUGACCCCUACUACUCCCACUGUCCUUCUCUGCUACUUACCGAUGCCGAAACCUCCAUUAUCCUCCCCAAACCUCUCUCAUUCCCCUUCCAAUCCUUCGUCGAUGAAGUUGAUGAUUUCGAUUUCGCCUUUGACCUCUUAUCCCAUCGUCCUCUUCCGCCUCCCCCCUUCCACGUCUUCGAUUCCUUCACCGAUCUGGUUCGUAUCGACCAAACACCGUCGUUUUCGUCUUACAGUCGGGUUCGGAGAGUUGAGCGAUCGAGUGAUGAGGUUUUGUUGCGGAGGCUUAGCGAUCGAGUUAGUGAGCUUGAGGCGCGGUUUGAUCGGCUGAGUAGUGCGAGGGUUAGUGGGUAUGGCGAUCGGAAGUACACUUGGACGAAGGAAAUCAAAGAAGUGGAGAAGAAUGGUGUCGAUCGGAAGUAUAAGUUGGUAGCUGAGAUUAAAGAUGGGAAGAAGAACAAGGAGGGGAAGAAUGGUGGGGUUUUGCAGAACUACAAGUGGAGUGCUGAGAUUAAAGGAAAGGAUGAGAGGGAUCCGAUUAGGAAGUACACUGUGGAGGUUUCGAGUGGAAAUGGAAGUGAGAGUACAGAGAAGAAAGAGGAGAAGAAAAAGAAGGGAAAGAAGGUUGGGAGUGAGACGCGUGUGGUUGAGAUUGAAGACACCAAUGAUCAAGGAGCUGUCGUUUUAAGACAGGCCUUUGCCAGGAGAACUAGAGUUGUGGAAAAUAAGAAGGGUAAGAAGAAGGAGUUGUCUCCUCAAGAUGCAGCUGUUAUCAUUCAAAUAAAUUUCAGAGAAUACCUAGUCCACAGGUCAAAGGUUCUUCGUGCUCUUAGAGAUCUGUCAGUUGCCAAGACAAAGUUGAAGGAGAUCAGGGAAGCUUUCAAUAAUUUUGCUUACACUCAGCGGCUGGCUCGGGAUGCAGAGGAGCGCCAAAGGUUCAGUGAAAAAAUAAUUGUCUUGCUUCUCACUGUCGAUGCAAUUGAGGGAGUUGAUGUGAUGGUGCGAACUGCCAAGAAAUCAAUGGUAAUCGAACUAGAAGCCAUGCUUGAUGUGGUUGAUCCCCAACCUGCUAAAAGAUCGAUUUCCUUUCGUAGAAGGACGUUCGAUAUGCCCAGUGGAAGCAUCAAUAAGGAAAUUGCAGCUGGUGUAGCUCAGGUAGUCCAGUUGAUUGAUGAAGCUGAGAACAGUGUCAAUGCUUUUGAAACCUCCGAAUAAAGAGAUGAUUUCUCAUAGAGUACGUACUGCCUCUCUCAACUUUCAAAUAAUGUUACUGUAGAAGAUGAAGCGGCUUAGUUGGCGAGAUGUCUUAUGCCUUUUGUACGUUUCGGUCUAGGACAGAGCUUUUGAUUAUGUUGUACUAAUGCUGUUGAGUUUGUUAGUUCGCCUUUCAGGUGGCUAUGCUUAUGCUUCCGCAUCUGCUUGUAUUGUGGUUUUUCCUUGUAAUGUGUCAAAACUAUAUAUUAUCUAACCCUUGUGGAUUGAUAUCUAUGUCAUAUGAUACAUUUGGGAGUUGUUUGUUUUAUUGUA